AUGUUGUGCAAGUAUGAAGGCACAAGGUCAAAAGGUCUAGGAGGAGAUGUCCGGACAGACAGAGAGACAGAAAGAGAGAGAGACAGACAGACCACCGCGCUUUAUAAAAAUAGGAACAUACAAAGCUUUGACAUCAGUUCAAUGUUGAAGAUGGCUUCAUUUGUGACGUUACUGCUCGUGGGAACAUUGACCGUUGUUGCAGGGCUUCCUCAAGAUUUGACGUGUAAUCCCGACAGUUGUGCCUAUAAACCUCCCACAAAAAGACCCGUGACGACUGGACUUGGUCGCUAUGAAGUUUUCAAUGCAUUGCUUGACUGUACCUACCCAACGGAGUGUGGUAUCCGGAUCCUAAAGGAAUUUUCACGACAAUUGGAUGAUAUGAAAGGUUGCACAAUGUAUUACCCUUUAAAGGAAGUAGGUAAAGACCGUCUUUAUGUUAUAUUUGGCUGCGAAAGUGUAAUAGCAUUUGAGGAAGCAAUGGCCAAGAAGGACUUGAAAUUCACAUGUAAUUUAACACCAGUAAUUGACUACAUAGACUUUGCUACGCUCACCCUUGGACUUGAAUUGAAUGAAACACAGAGAGUUGCCAUCAUGCCACGAGCAUCACUCCAAUGUGAUACGCUCCUAGCUGUAUUCCGUGAGCUGGUAUACCCUCCUGGUAUCGCACAUGAAGACAUUCUAGCAGCUUGGAAGGAACAUGCUACUAAUCCUAUAUACUACAAAGCGUCGACUUCUCCUGAAAUGAGCAACUAUGAGGUGUUCCAUGUCGUUGGAGAUGAAGCGGUGAGUGCAAUGUCUGAAGACAGUAUGCGUUAUUGUUAUGAUAAAGGUUAUCAGAAACAGGCUGAUAAAUACUCCUGUUGCUGA